GAAUGCUUUGGUCGAAUGGCGACGGCACCGCCAGCAGCAAGUCCAGCUUCUGCACUGAGUAGCGCAUCUCUGCCUUUGCUUGUAGAGUCGGAUUGAAUCUCAAUUGCUGUCUGUGGCCAUGACUCUGCUGUCCUGUCGGCCCAGCACGCGUGUGCUAGCCCCUAUCGUACGCCGUCCAUGGCUGCAGCGUCAUGCCAUCACCACCGCGCAACAUUCCUUCGACAAGUCUUUUGACGUUGUGAUUAUCGGAGCUGGUGGCGCCGGUCUAACAGCCGCCCUGCGAGCCAAGUCUCUUGGUCUCCGGCCGCUUGUCGUCGAAAAGGAUGACAGAAUUGGAGGCUCGUCAGCCUACUCGGGCGCCGGACUCUGGGUGCCCAACAACUCCUACGUGCAAGCGCAAUGCGUCAAGGACAACAAAGAAGACGCGCUGCGGUACCUGGAGAGCGUCGUGGCAGAUGUUGGCCCUGCAUCCUCGCGCGAGCGCAAACUCGCCUUCCUGGAUGAGGGACCUAAGAUGGUCGAUUUCCUCCGCAAGCUCGGCUUUCGAUGGAGAUGCAGCAAAGGUGUGCCCGACUAUUACCCCAAUGCUCCCGGGGCACUGCCUCGCUGGGGUCGUACUGUCGAGCCUGACGUCUUUGACCUGAAGAAGCUGGGGGACUGGGGGGGUUUCCUGCGAUCAAGACCGAGACAACCGCCUCCCAUAUUCACCGACGAAGCGACCAGUCUAACAAUGACGGGGGCUUCAGCCAAGCACUUGGCAAAGGCGAUAUCUGUCGUCUUCCGCAUGUUGUGGCUAAGACUCCGCGGUCAAAGCCCUGUGACCAUGGGCCAGUCUCUGAUUGCACAAUUGCUUCACCGGGCAAAGGCGGAUGAAAUUCCCGUAUGGCGCAACGCUCCUCUGAUGGAACUUCUGAGAGGGCAGGAUGGCUCCGUUCACGGUGCCAAGAUCAAGCAUGAAGGCAGCGUGGUCACUGUCCAGGCCAACAAAGGAGUGCUUCUGUGCGCAGGGGGGUUCGCGCACAACAAGCAAAUGCGAGACAAAUUCGGGCCUCAGCCUGCAAGCACCGAGUGGACGAGCACGCCCGAGGGAGACACGGGUGAUGCCAUCCAGGCGGGCGUCGCCGCAGGAGCAGCCGUAGCCUUGAUGGACGAGGCCUGGUGGGGGCCGACCAUUCUCGAUCCUGAGAUGGGCAAGUGGUUCUUCAGUCUUCAGGAGCGCGCGCGGCCCUUCUCGAUUAUUGUGGACUCUACCGGCUCCCGAUUCAUGAACGAGGCUGCGUCGUACGUGGACGCCGGUCACCGACAGUACGAGCACAACACCAAGGUCAAGGCUAUCCCAGCCUGGCUGAUCCUCGACCAGAAUCACCGUCAGAGAUACGCACUGGGGUCUGUUCUGCCUCGGAAAGAGCCGAAGAAGGGUCUCGAGGCUGGCUAUAUGCACAAAGCGGACACGUUAGAUGCCCUAGCGACUGCCAUUGGCGUCAACGCCGCAGGCUUGUGCAAGACAAUCGCGCGGUUCAACGACAUGGCCGCCCAAGGCGUGGAUCUGGACUUUGGAAGGGGAGACAACGCCUAUGACACGUUUUUUGGCGACCCCAACGCUGGAGGAUCUAAUCCUAACCUUGGCCCCAUUGCUCGACCACCAUUCUACGCAGUUCCUGUGGUGCCCGGUGACUUGGGGACCAAGGGUGGCCUGUUGACAGAUCAUCGAGGGAGAGUGUUGAGGGAAGAUGGUUCUUCUAUUUCCGGGCUGUACGCUGCUGGCAACACGUCGGCGAGUAUCAUGGGGAGAACAUAUCCUGGGGCGGGCAGUACGCUGGGCCCAGCUCUGACAUUUGCAUUCAUUGCCGCGACGGACAUGGCUCAGCGUUGAUUUUGUUCACUACAUUAGCCCUGUUAGCUAGUAAUAGAGCUUUACCAUACU